AGAUUACCGGCCAAAUUAUUGGUUGAAAAACCGCAAGAGGCGGUUAUGAUGUAAAUUGGACAAAUUGUGAGUUCUAGAAUUGACAAGAUAAAUAAGUAUUUGACUUGAAUGUUCAAUUCGAACACAACAAACCCCAAGUAUUUGUAUGCAAACAUUAAAAAGCGCAUUUCCUUCGACAUUUUUUCUUUUGAAGGCAGCAACCUUUGGCUGUGCUUGCCUUUUCCCGGUCGCCGUAAAUCUCAGUUUGAAAUCAACCAUUUUAGUCCUCGCUAGCCAAUUUUAUUCAUGUUAUUGCAGCCAACCAUACAUUGAUUUCUACCUAAACCAACAUGCGUUAGAAAACAUUGAAUGUAAGAAAUCCCCUUUUUAGUCGCGCUAACGUUCGCAAAGGCAACGUUAGCUUUAGCCGUGAUGCCUUCAUCGACAAUGGUAAACUCGACCUUUCUUUUUCCCGCUCGGGCAACAUCAUCAUCAAUCCCGGUGUCUUCGUGGGUUUCAUCUGCUCAGACCGUUUUGCUCUAUCCAAACAACCACGGCUGGGUUUGGAAAGAAAACUGACCGUUUAGAGAGGCGGAAUUCAGGCUGAAGUACGACAUUUCGAAAGGUCCAUGAAGGGGUCAUCGUGAUUAAGGACUCGCAGAUUUUUCACUUUUUUUGGGCUCAAUUUGGGGGGAAAAAAAUGUCUGACUGGGAAGAGGACGAAAACGAGCCUUUUACGGCCCAAUCCACGGGGACCGAAUGGAGGCCUCCGAGCGGCCCGACGCUCAGAGGCAAAAUUUCUUUCGGUGGACGGAACACAAGCAAGCUCGAAGCUUCGAGGUACGAGGGCGGAGGACGGCGCGAGAAGCGCAGUGAUGGCCGCCGCCCUUUUGCCCGGAGCCACGGGAGUCGACAACUUCAACUCGGGGCCGAAAAGUCCAAUUCAGCUGUCGUCGUAACCGUGGAACGUAGCCUGGUGGGGAGGAUAAUUGGGCGCGGAGGAGCUAAAAAACGUGAAUUGGAGGAGAGGACGGGCGCAAGAAUCAAGAUCGACGACGGCAAGAAUGAGGCCGAGGUGCUCGUCUUUGGACCAUCUUCUGCUCAGCAGAAGGCCAAAGAGAUGAUGGAAGAGCUGCUGGCCGGCGGGAAUCCUCCAUCCCGUGGGGGAGGUGGAAGAGGAGCAGCACCAGCAGCAGCAGCAGCAGCAGCAGCAGCAGGAGGAGGAGGAGGAAGUGUGUCGGUGUGGUCCCGUGCACAAUUACAGGUAGCGGACGUGACCCCGGCCCGUCCGGCCAUGGACUGGAGCGACAUUCGGGAGAACAUGCGCAAGUAUGAAGAGAUGAAAUGGAAAGAGCUGCCCCCCAUCAAGAAGAAUUUCUACACUGAGGCUGAGAGCGUUUCCCUCCUCACGGACAAACAAGUUCAAGAUUGGAGGAAAGAGAACAACAACAUAUUUGUGGACGACCUCGCCGACGGCGGCGAGAAACGGCCCGUCCCCAAUCCCUGCCGGAGCUUUCCGGAAGCUUUCGAAGGUUACCCGGAGAUCACGGACGCCAUCCGUCGGGUCGGCUUCGUCAAGCCGACUCCCGUCCAGUCGCAGGCGUGGCCGGUGCUCUUGAGCGGGGAGGACCUGAUCGCCGUCGCCCAGACCGGAACGGGCAAAACCUUGGCCUACCUGCUCCCCGGAUUAAUCCACAUGGACGGACAGCCCGCACCUCGAUCCGAACGCCAAGGGCCCGGGAUGCUGGUGCUGACUCCCACCAGAGAGCUGGCCUUGCAGAUUGAAGAGGAGUGCGGCAAGUACCGCUACAAAGGCUAUAAAAGCGUGUGCAUCUACGGCGGCGGCGACAGAAGGCUUCAGAUCCACCUGGUGAAGGGGGGCGUGGACGUCGUCAUCGCCACGCCGGGACGACUCAACGAUUUGCAGAUGAACGAAGUCAUCAGUCUGCGCUCUAUCAGCUACCUGGUGUUGGAUGAAGCGGACCGGAUGCUGGACAUGGGCUUUGAACCCCAGAUCCUGAAGAUUCUGCUGGACAUCCGGCCCGACCGACAGACCGUCAUGACGAGCGCCACCUGGCCCGCAGGCGUGAGACGUUUGGCCAAGUCCUACCUCAAGAAUCCCAUGAUGGUCUUCGUGGGCACCUUGGACUUGGCAGCUGUUGGUACGGUGCAGCAGACUGUGCUGGUGCUGCACGAAGAAGACAAGAAGUCCUACCUGUUGGGCUUCAUCGGGGACCUCCUGCCUGACGAGAAAGUUCUCAUCUUUGUUAGCAAGAAGAUCAAGUGCGAUGACCUGUCCAGCGACUUGUGUCUCCGAGGUCUGGCCGUGCAAAGUCUCCACGGCGACCGGGAGCAGUGUGAUCGGGAGGAGGCUCUCAAGGACUUUAAAGAUGGUCGCGUUCGUAUCCUGGUGGCCACGGACUUGGCGUCUCGCGGCUUAGACGUCCACGACAUCACGCACGUCGUUAACUACGACUUCCCGCAAAACAUCGAGGAGUACGUGCACCGCGUGGGCCGCACCGGACGAGCGGGACGCUGCGGAGUUGCCGUUACCCUGGUAACCAGAGAAAACUGGAGGAUGGCGCCGGAGCUGAUUCCCAUCUUGGAGCGGUCGGGCCAGGAUGUCCCCGUGGAGCUGCUGCAAAUGGCGCAAAGAUACGAGAAGCACGAGAGGGAGAAGGUGCUCCCGAAUCCCGGCGAUCGAGGCCGUCGAGAUGGACGACGUAGAGGCGGGCGGUUCUAGUCGAGCUUCUUCUUCUUCAGAAGCGAGACAGAAGCUGAAGCGUGAUGAUUUCAUUUAUGUUCAACCUGUAUUUUUUUUUUUUUUUUUUGAUUGAUUUUAGGGUCAGUUGAUGCUCAAGUUGCUUUGUUUUUUUUUUUUUUUUUU